AAAUCAUUUAUGCAAGAAGUGUGAUAUUUUUAUCAUCACAUGGGUGAUAUUUUUAUCUCACAAGGGUAAUAUGAGAUACUUUCCAUUAAUCAAAACAAUGUGCUACGUGUAGUUUUCAUAGGUGGUAGUGGUAGGAAAAUAUAAUAACGAACUACUGAAACUAUCUACUCAACUCAAAAAAUGUUCGCCUUCAUAAUUUUGAAUUUGCCGCCGUGUCCAUACAGUUUUUGUUUAGUCUUUUGGUUGGCAAAACUAACUGUCAUGCGUCAAAUGUUGGACAGUGACAGUACUGACAGUAAGUCAAGUGACAGUUUGUAACUGACGUGACGUUUCUUAAAAAUUACAAAAUAUUUGCUUUUGUGUUGUGUCCAUAUGGACGAUAUUAAAUUUUAUUAGAAAAAUAUUCGUUGAUUUUAAUAACAAUUUUCCCUUUUUACUUCUGAAUAAAAAUGGCGGACUGGGAAGAAGUUAAACGUUUAGCUGCAGAUUUCCAAAAGGUUCAGCUGAGUUCUACAACGCAGAAAUUAUCUGAGAGGAAUUGUAUUGAAAUUGUAUCAUGGCUAAUAGAUCGAAAAAUGUUGGAUCUAAUUUUUACCAGUGAUGGCAAAGAAUAUAUUACUCCAAAUCAACUAGUUAGUGAUAUUAGGGGAGAAUUGUAUGACCAUGGUGGUCGAAUAAAUUUAGUAGAAUUGGCAAAAGUUAUAGGAGUAGAUUUGGCUCAUAUAAAUACAUAUUUAAACGAUGUUUUAAAAGGAAAUAAAGAAAUUCAGUCAGUUUUAGGUCAAUUAGUUGAUAGUUCUUAUUUAAUUAGAAUAGCUGGAGAAAUUAACGAAAAACUCUCCCAACAGGGACAAAUAAACAUAAGUGACUUAACUAUUCAAUAUGAUCUUCCUGCAGAUUUUCUGCAGAGUCAAGUAGUAGAAAAAAAUUUAGGCAAAAUUAUUUUCGGUAAACAAGAUAAGAAUGACUCAAAAGUAUAUUUUACUGAAUCAUUUAUCUCUAGAACUAAAGCUAAGAUUAAGGGUUCUUUGGCUGGUUUGACCCGGCCGACUCCAAUAACUUCCAUCCUAAAUAAUAUUGAUAUAAGUGAGAAGUUGUUUUUCUCACUGUUUGAUCAAACUGCUCUAUAUGGAACACUUACUGGGAGGAUGACCGGAGCUCAGUAUAUUCCAAAUGUUUAUGCUAGGACUCAGAAUGAAUGGGUGAAUCAUUUCUACAAACAGAAUGGUUAUCUUGAAUUUGAUGCUCUCUCUCGGCUUGGCAUAACUGAUCAAAAAACCUACAUAAAAAAACAAUUGGUCAAUCAAGAAUAUGAAAUUCUACAUUCAUGCAUCGUUUCCAAAAGUAUUCUCGAACGUGUGGAUGCAGACAUUGAUGAAUGCAUAUCGAGCAAGAGUUUUAUUGAUUUACAAAAUAACUUACCAUCGGUAUUUAAUCAAAAAGAUGAGGAGAUGAUACUGAAUUUAAUAUUGACUAGUCAAAAACGCUCGCAAACUAUAUUAAUAGAAAAUUAUCUUUUGAGUAAAGCUUUUGUAGAUAAAUUGUUAAAAGAUUGUGAAUCAUUAAUACAAGAAAAAGCAAAAAAUACUGUUGAAUCAGGUAAAUACCAACAGUAUCAAAUUAGUUUGCAAGCUGCUUCUAGCAAAAAUCAGAAAGCGGAAGAACUUGAAGAAAAAGUUGACAAAAGGGAAGAAAGACGAAAGAAAGCUGCUGGAGGAAAAAGUGGUGGUGGUACACAAGGUCGUGAGACAAAAACUAAAUCUACUAAGAAAGCUGCUAGAGGUGGUAAUAGGAAUAAUUCAGAAAGUGACGGUGGGGAGAAAGAAGAAAAGAAGGUUUUAGAAAUCAUUAAUUUUGAUGAUGCAAAAGAUGUCCUACAACUUCCUUUGGAAGAAGAAGGUAUAGAAGACGAUAUAUUACAACAAAUAAUUGAAUAUCUUCUUCCAAAAUUAAAUGAAGAUGCUCUUCAACAGGCUGCAAAUAUUUUUGCAACCACUAUUGCAGACCGCACUGCUAAUCGUCGCCAGACUCAUAAUGAAAUUCAAAGUAAAUUGAACGCCCUGAUAAGCGAUGUGAGGCUUUUUGAGAAAGGUCUCAAGCUGCUUUCCGCCGAUAUCCAAGCGCAGUUAAUCAAAUACCUUCUGAAAUCUGUCUGUACAGAUAUAGUGACAGAAAUUUUAAAUUACAUAGCUUCAGAGCAAAACUUAGCCCCUCCGACUGAGAAUUUAAGCAAUGAACAGAGGUUGAAAUUUGUUAAUGAUUUACCAUCGGAAUAUAAACAUACCAUUCUUCCAGUCGUCAAAAGUCUGACGGGUCAAAGCAUAGAGGACUUUUUAAUGACAGUAGAAACAGCUUUGUCUGCUUGCAGUAUGAUUUUGAAAAAGAUCGAUAAAAAGAAAGACAGGACCUUGGUGCUGAAUCACAAGUAUCAAUUACUAGAGGAACUUAAUAAAUCUGAAGAUUUAGCUUUAAUUUUACAUCUGGCAGUAGUGGCAAUAUUUACCACUGCUACUCAGACAAUGUUGCAUUGCAGUGGCCGACACGUUUCUGGCGUUUUAUCAUUUUUGAAACAAUAUUUGAGUGAUGAGCAAGUGAUGGAACUUAUUUCAUAUCAUGACUUUGUAACAUUAAUGUUGAGUGGAGGUUCAGAAGCAGAAAACGCUAAAGAAAAAUUAAAAGAAAAGGUUUCCACUAUUAAAAAGAUUGCCAACGAUUUUAAGAAACCAGGCACUGAAAAAUCAUAGAAGUAAGAAAUAUCAUUGGAAUCGAAGUUGAAGGUCCCGACUUGGUAAAUGUAACAAGAUGUUCAACUUUUCUGUGAUAAUUUCUCAAUUAAGAAAGGAAUAGCAGUUUAUUUUCAUCGGUUAUAUGAAUUACCAAGAUGGUGGUAUUAAGGUAUCUCCUUUAAAAAUGUAAAUAAGACAUAAAAUAUAGAAGUAAUUUUAAAAUGUUU